CCUACUCCCGACUCGGCAAGCCACCAUGGCCGCCGACGCCAGGUCGUUACUCCGCUCCUCUUCCUCCGUUCUCCGCGCUGCUCCGGCGAGACCGUCUUCCAUCGGCCUAGGUGGGCGUCGUUCCGCCCACCGCCUGUUGUCUGCGCCCCCUCGCAUUCUCAGGUUGCCCGUGGAGGCGUGCUUCUGCCUGGAGUCGCUGCUGCCGCUGCACAGCGCCACCGCCGCCGCACUGCUCAAGUCAAUGCUCGCCGUUGUGCCCGGCCAAGGCAUCGGCUGGAUCGUUGAAGAUAAUUGACACUGUAGACAAUUUAUCUCUUGUUCAAAUGUCUAGCUAAUUGGCGUAUUAUGUACACUUUGUGCUUAUUGAUUACGUAGAGGAAGCACUUCAACCAUAGGUCUUCCUUUUGGCCAUUUUAAGACCUGUUUGGUUCAAAACAUACAAAUGGGAAAUUUAUGCUUUUGGUUCAAAGGAAUAACCAAUAAAUUAUCCUUUGAUCUCA